ACUUGAUGUUGUUUCGUUCGUUAUUAAUUUUUAUUUAUUUGAACUAUUUCAGACGAUUUUAUGGUGCUCAUUAGUCUUGUUAGACAUUUUCUGGGUCCUUAAUUGCCCUCUGUAACCCCGGCGGUUGAUCGGUUGAUUGGUAGUCCGUGGAACACUGAGGCUGAGCCUUCCAUUCAACAUGGACAUGUCGCGGAAGGAACUGGACCUGUUGCACGGACACCAAGUGGCCAUUAUUCCAGGCUACAAACGCUCGGUGUAUGUUGAGCUGGUCGAAGGGCAGGCCGAAAUUUUUGGGAUGUUCAUGAGCGCUGAUGAACGCUACUGUUUCACUUAUCCGCAUCGUGCGGUUCUGGCCACAUACGAUGGCUGCCGCGUUGCGGUGGAAGCGGACAACUGCGAUCUGGAAGUACAGGUGAUCAAGGAUGAUCCGUUUCCUGCGUUGGUGGGCGCUAUGCAUGCUGUUCUGGAACAGCAACGCCAGGAUGCGGUGAAAUCCGCUGGGGAAGUGGUUGGACCGAAGGUGUUGGUGGUGGGACCAAUGGACAGCGGAAAAUCCAGCUGUUGUCGCGCAUUGCUGAAUUACGCUGUCCAAGCCGGAUGGAAUCCGACAUUUGUGGAUGUUGAUGCUGGACAGCAAGGUUUGACACUGCCUGGCACCCUCUCGUCGGCCAUUUUGCGUGCUGGGACCAAUGAACUGGGUCAGGUAGACCAUGCUGAGCGGGUGGAUUUGCCUUUCGGACGGGUUAACCUGAACGAAGACUGCAAGUUGUACCAAGCGCAGAUUUGGAAGCUGGCGGAAUUUGUCCAGUCCAGUUUCUCCAAUGCCCAUCUCCGUGCCAGUGGGGCCAUCAUCAAUACUGCCGGCUGGAUUGAUAGUAACGGGUUCCUGCUGUUGUUGGAAAUUGCCAAAGCGUUUCAAGUGGAUAAAGUGAUCGCGCUGGAAAAUGUUUAUUUGGGCCACCAGUUUCGCCAAUGGGCAGCUGAUCACGGUGUGUUGCUGGAUGUGUUGUUUGCCCGGAAGCCGACGUGUCUGGCGGAGCGAUCUAUUGAAACGCGCCGAGAUUAUCGCGAUUGCAUGGUGCAGAGCGUUUUCGUCCGGCGACCUAAGUUUACUGUGACUGUUCCAUUGAGUAAUCUGAUCUUUUAUCAAGUGGCAUCCUUUCAUGCUGUGGAGACACGCAAUGGAAAGAAGCUGGGCGUCAGCAACCAAAUUGCUCACGCAGGAAAUUGCCGAGAUCGUUUACUGGGUGUCAGCAUUGCCCCAAAUUUGGUAGUAGAUGUCAAACAGUUCCCACUACAAGGAUUCGCUGUGCUGUUGUCUUUCCAAACGAAAACCGACGAAGCGCGCUUAAUUUCUACUGUUGAUUUGAAUUUGUUGCCCGCACCAGUCAUUUUGUUGAGCACUGUUGUUUCCGCAGUUACUGUGCGUGAGAGUCUGGGUGUUAUGAAUUAACGUUAACAGUAUAAGCUCUAUGUUCGAAUCUAAUAACUUCGUAUGCGCACAGUUUAUUCUGUUGAAAUUUAUAUAAGACUGCAAAAUUGUACGUAAUUUCUCUCGAUAUAUCCGCAUUGUAUUACAAAGUUAUCCGCUACGUGUACAUCCGAAAAUUUCUUUAA